GUUAUCCAUUUAAAAUGUAGCACUGUGUACAUGACCUUCCUAAAGUCCAUAACUAUCCCUUCCUCUCAGGAACCAUAAGUUCGAAAAACAAAUAUUUUAAAAUGCUCCUUUUGGUGCUUAGGUCUCUGUAUCCCAGCCUUGAUUGAUUUCAGUGGUUUCAUCCUCAGGAGCACCUUAGAAAUGAGCCACGGAAGGGUUUUUCUAUGCCAUGAGAGAACAGGACACAUGCCACCAAGAAACAGGUUAAGUCAAUUCCUGGUAUUCCAGACUAGUGGGAUAUUAUAUUAAGACUUUGUCGCUCCCCUCACUUUUUCCUAUCUGACAAAACAUGUCCGUCCCCCACCCCGCCGCCAAAUGUGUGUGUGUGUGUGUGUGUGUGUGUAUGUAGGUAUAUCUGUAUAUAUAUAUAUAUACAUAUAUAUGUGCACACACAAUUCAUAUAGGCUUUUAGCCAAAUGGGUUGGGAAUUGGAAACUGACUUUAAAAAUGGUGUGGGUUACGGGAAUCAAUAAAAUUGAAGAAGCAGGAAGGGAUCAUAUUGUAGCACAAAGGUAACUUGGCUAGAAUCACAAAGUUAGAUACUGGUCAAAUGUGAAUGCUUUGUGUUUUAUAACUUGACAUGAGAAUAUACCUUUUUACUGUACUUUAAUAUUUCUACAUUUGGCAUAGUUAAAACCAGAAAAUGCACAAAAGGCUCAAUAAGCAAAACAUGUUAGGGAUUACAUGGUUUACACAUAAACCCCUGAUUUUCUUCAAACCCAUUUUGUACCACUAGAUUGAAUUUCUAUUUUGAACUCUCAGGAGACAUUUUAGGAAAAGCAUACAAAGGCCAAGAUGACCUUGGUUACUGUGAACCAGUUACAGACAGACAAAAAACUAGAGAAAGUUGUUUCAUCAGGGUAGGUUUUUGUCUGAAGGAGAAAGGUUUAGUAUAUAGAUUCACAACCCACAAGGGGGUUUGCAGGGCUUAGUGUCCCCGUUGUGUUGCUGAUUUAUUGGAUUGUUUCUGUUACUAAUUCAUACUAAUGUCACAUCUUCAGGAAAGGUGGCUACAAAAGUCAGCCUUAGGCUUAUAUUCUGAGGCCCCUGGAGCUCUCAGCUUAACUUCUAAUAUGAAUUCUAAUAGACUCAUAGAUUGAGCAGAAAGUCAUACAAGUAAGUACAGAAGAGAAAAUGUAAUAGGUAAAAGUAUUAGGAUAAAACAGGUGCAAACAUUUAAACAAUUAUUAAUGCAAGCAGGCCCAGAAAUGUACACUGGCAGAUGAUCUUAGAAAAGCUGUGACACCUAACCCUAUCGCUUAAGAGCUGUAAUGAACGUUCAUAUGCAGAUUUUAAAUCAAGUUCUUUACAUAAAGGAUGUGAAAAACCGCAAAGAUGUCUAUCUCAAGAUGGAUUAAAAAACGGCAGAAAAUACAACAGAGGUGUUAGGUGUCAAAUUAUAGAUAUCACACAAUUUGGGGGACUUUCCUGAAAUACAAAGCCUUGUUGCCCAGCCGGUACUCCCUAAAAUUGCCCAGGACAGACACCUGCGUGUACUCACGCCUACUGUGAGCUUCUCCACUGUCCCCACUCUGCUCUGAUCUCAAAUGUUAGGCUGAGGACGGCUAGGAGAGAGGGGCUUGGUGGGCUACAGUCCAUGGGGGUCACAAAGAGACACGACUAGCGACUGAACAACAGCUCGUGCCAGUCGAGGCACACAAUGUGUGAAAACGGCACACAAUGACAGCAUUUGCGAGGCUCCCAAAUGGGACACCUAGACCAGGCUCAGUCAGAUUCGCUCAAAGAUAACGCGCGCCUGGGGGUGCACCGCCCACAGUCUAGGUGCCAGGGCCCUCGGGUCCCAGGAUCCUGAGCUGCGUGGACUCGGCGCCCACCACCCGGCAGGCUCUGGGGCGAUUCCGCGCAUGCGCCCUCUGACGUAGUGGCGACGCCAGCGGCGAAUCCUCGCUUGUCGUCGUCGUCGUGGAGUUAAAGCAGCAGCGGUGUUUUCCCGCGCUUUUCUUGGGCGUCUCAGGGUUCUUUUCAGCAUCUGAAGACUUUAUUAUCUAUUAUGUCUUUGUGUGAAGACAUGCUGCUUUGUAAUUAUCGCAAGUGUCGUGUCAAACUCUCUGGUUAUGCAUGGGUCACUGCCUGCUCUCAUAUAUUCUGUGAUCAGCAUGGUAGCGGUGAGUUUAGUCGUUCACCAGCUAUCUGCCCUGCCUGCAAUAGUACUCUUUCUGGAAAGCUAGAUAUUGUCCGCACAGAACUCAGUCCAUCAGAGGAAUAUAAAGCCAUGGUAUUGGCGGGACUUCGACCAGAGAUUGUAUUGGACAUCAGCUCCCGAGCGCUGGCCUUCUGGACAUACCAGGUACACCAGGAGCGUCUCUAUCAAGAAUACAAUUUCAGCAAGGCAGAGGGCCAUCUGAAACAGAUGGAAAAGAUAUAUACUCAGCAAAUACAGAGCAAGGAUGUAGAAUUGACCUCUAUGAAAGGGGAGGUCACCUCCAUGAAGAAAGUGCUAGAAGAAUAUAAGAAAAAGUUCAGUGACAUUUCUGAGAAACUUAUGGAGCGAAAUCGCCAGUAUCAAAAGCUCCAAGGCCUCUAUGAUAGCCUUAGGCUGCGAAAUAUCACUAUUGCUAACCAAGAUAGUACUCUUGAACCAUCUAUGAUUGCACAGUCUGGUGUUUUUGGCUUCCCAUUAGGGAACAACUCCAAGUUUCCUUUGGACAGUACACCAGUUCGAAAUCGGGGUGGUGGAGAUGGAGAUUUUCAGUUCAGACCAUUUUUUGUGGGUUCUCCCACAGCACCUGAACCUGCCAACAGCUUUUUUAGUUUUGCCUCCCCAAAUAAUGAAUUAGAGCAGCAGCCAGUCUCUAGCAGGGCCUUUAAAGUAAAAAGAAUUUAGUUGACCUCACAGAAUUUUCUCUGUUCACUUUCAGUUCAUUUAGUAAAUAAUCAUUGUUUCACAUAGGAGUCACCAGCCUUUUGUGUUUGUACUGAAUCUUCCAAGUUGUCUUCACAUUUCCAAUUUAUAAGAGAUUAAGUGGCCGUGGGCUGCGGGUGGCUUCAGAUUUCCUUUUCAGUUUCUUUUAUUAAACUCAAUUUUAGGGUAAACUGUUUUCACUGGUAGCAAAAAGCUUACAAUGUUUUUGGGUGUUUGUAGAUCACCAUUUGUUUAUGUUUGAGCUAUUUCUGGCUGAGCCCUAUGUUUAAGUAUACUGUAUAAGCACCUCUGUUUUAUGUCUACAUGUCAGCUUGGGUUCUGGUGUGUAUAGGUUCCUUUACAUUUCUUUUUGUUGUUGCAUUUGACAGUAUGUUUAUGUGAAAAUUUUGGUUUCAGGAACUAGUGAGUGAGCUUGUAGCUUGUUAUUUGGAAACAUAUAUUUAUUUGUAUAUACUUAAUGUAUUUGCCCAUGUAUGAACUUGUUUGGAGGUGUCAUGUCAGUGAAUGAAGGAAGGUACAAUUUGAUGCAUGUAUGUUUAGCUCCUAUUUCUAUUUAAGAGUAAUUCACAUUGAUAAAGUUAUGUUGAAAGCUGACUUUUUGGCAUUUAAGAUAAAAUUACUUCUUUUUUUUUUUUGCUAGCUGUUGCCCUGGAUCUGCUUAUUUAGGAAUGCACUUCUACUGCAGGAAGCUUGCCAGUAUGUUGUUGAUCUCAAGAUUACAGUAAUUAAAAUACUUUUAAUGAUU